AUUGUCAACUGUCAAUCUAAUGUCACUUAAAAAUUGAGCAAAGUCGAAAAGUUGAAUAUAAAUAUAUUUAAAUCACAAAACAGAUUAUUGAUUUGUGAUUAUAAAAAUAACAGCAGUUACUGUGAAUAUAAUUAAUUGAAGUGCAUAUAUAAGCGAUAACCGCCUUUUUUACAAUGGCCGAGCUAGCAGCGCUUUUACAAACGUUAAUUCCUGAAGGACGAACACAUUUAACAGACAGUCAUACAAAUCUCGAACGAGUAGCGGAAUAUUGCGAAGCGAAUUAUUUUCAGUCGGAAAAUAAAAGAUUAGCUCUUGAGAGCACUAAAAACUACACAACCCAAUCUUUAGCAAGUGUUGCUUACCAAAUAAACACACUAGCAUUUAACUUCCUGCAUCUGCUGGAGCAGCAAACAAUCCAAUUGGCUGAAAUGGAAGGACAAAUGAACCACAUUGCUCAAACUGUGGCUAUACAUAAGGAAAAAGUGGCUCGUAGAGAAAUUGGUGUUUUAACUGCCAAUAAAGUAACCCCAAGACAGUAUAAAAUAAUAGCUCCAGCUAAUCCAGAGAAACCAAUAAAAUAUGUGAGAAAGAGUAUUGACUAUACAGCUCUGGAUGAUAUUGGUCAUGGUGCUCGUUGGAAUGGAGGCUCUAGUGGUACACCUCGUGGGCGGCGCUCAGUGUCUGCACAAGGCUCUGCCACUUUGCCUGCUCCCACUACCAAACCCCCAACACCACCAGCAGCUGUACGAGCGGCUUCUGCAUCUAACACCGGCACUCUUGGUCGUGGCACACUUGGUAAAUCGUCACGUGAGUACCGCACGCCUCCUGCGGUGGCGCCGCCGCAAGUGCCGUCGCAUUAUGCGCCUAACUAUCCCCGUCGUCCUCCUGGAUAUUCAACACUACCUGUAGCACAGCCACAAGUUGGCAUGGUGCAUCCUAAUCAGCAUCAGACAAAUUCCAAUUAUUCUCAGCAAGACUUGCAUUCAAGUAUGCCACCACCACCUUCUCCAUUGAUUGGAUCUGAUGGAGAGCACAGCCAACAUUCUAUGAGUCUACCUGGACAUCGGGCAUCGUCGUCAUCCGGUGUGCCGUCACUGCGCGGUGGGUCGGUGUCUCCGCCGCUGCCGCCGCCACCGCUGGACGACGAGCUCGCACACGAUCGCCUGCACGACAUGCAUCCCCAUGGUAAGAUGGGAGGCCCCUAUUCGAGCGCCGUGCCUGCCAUUGUGCCAGAUGAGGAGGACCUGCCGGGCUGGGUACCCAAGAACUAUAUAGAGAAAGUGGUAGCUAUCUACGACUACUAUGCGGACAAGGAGGACGAGCUAUCGUUCCAGGAGAGCGCGGUGAUCUAUGUGUUGAAGAAAAACGAUGAUGGCUGGUGGGAGGGAGUCAUGGACGGCGUCACCGGACUCUUCCCCGGCAACUAUGUCGAGCCUUGCGUAUAAAAUACUACGCAAAAAGUAACAUUCCGUAUAACUGAGUUUCCACUGUCGAAAACAAAUAUUGAAACAUGUUGUCAAUCUACAACAACGUAUCAUAGAGCAAUGCACUAUUUUUAGGAAUAAUUAGAUGUAUUUGAAUUUGUAAGUUCUUAUGGUAUGGAAAUUGCUUGCAAAAUAUAUUUAAUUUAAAUAUAUUAAAAAUACAUGUCUUUUGUAGCAUUAUUAAUCUAAGUUCAUUUACUUUAGAACAAGUUUGAAAUAUUUUAAGGAGUAGGUCUAUGAUAAUAUUCAGUCUUUAUUUUGUGUGAAAUGAUUAGUUUUUUUUAUAAUUGUGGAAGAGACGGAUAAACCACUAGCAACAGUACUACUACUUGUCAACCAUAUUGAAAAAAAUAAUUUGCAGAUACAUUACAGAAUAUUAAGUUGGACACAGAAAAAGGUACAAAAGAAACCUAAAAAUUGUAUAACCUCAUUCCAAUCUUAUAAGGUGAUGCAACUUUGAAGCAUCUUGUUUCAAGUUAUGCACUAAUUUCUUUUCUGGUUUAAAUCUAAGACGUAUCUAUAGAAGAUAGUUUAAACAUAUUAAGGUAUUAUUGCGUUUACUUGCAAAAUAUUGUGUUAACUGUGUAGAAUGUUAU